UUAACAUGAAGCUCAGAAUUAGCUUAGUUGUUUUUGUAUUUUUUUCUAUUAAAAUGUGUACACUUCACUCUGGUCCUGCCUUGUAUGAAUUUGUGGUUACUUGUAAGCCCAAGUGGUUACUUGUAAGUGGGUUGGGUGUAGUUAUGCAUGAUACAUUGAUAAUACAUUUUAAAAACCAUUCUUUCAGUCAUUCAUUGAUUUAUUUCCUGUUGCAAUGGUAAUUAAACAAGGCAAUACAACCAUUGUAUUCUCUACAUGUCUCUCACAGUGAAACACAGAGCAUGUGGUGUACCUUGUAAAUACAUGCUUAGUGACUACCGGUAACAUUGGCGUGUAUAUAUAUUGCGACGUCUUCGGGCAGUAGCAGCCACACUGUCAAAAUUUAUUGCGGAAUUUUCUAGUUGUAUUAUGUUGUUCAUUCUGUACACACGUCUAUCAAAUAGAAUUUAAUUAUUAAAAGAACAAGUCGAGUGGAGAAUUAUUGAUAUGUGACACACUUAACAACUGAAACCAUUUGUCUUUUAUUCCAUAUUUAAGCAUGACUGAUAUAAACCAAAAUGGCCUUCAUUAGGUAAAGAUGAAAAUGUGAACACUCACUGUUAGUGAUGGAACAUCAUCAUCAUCAUAGCCUUGGGACAACUCUGCUUCACUAAUUCAGCACCUUUUCUAGACUAAGCAACGUCACUGCGAGGCAGGAAAUCUGUCCAAACUCUUGUCCCAUGUGGUCCUAAGAAUAUAUAGGUUUUAUUGGCUGUGAAGGUUCUGAAUUAGAGGCAAAUUUUAUGAUUAUAGAGAUUUUAAACACAAUAAAAACAGCACAUGUAAGUCCCUAUACAGAUGUCAUUGUAAUAUAAUUAGAGAUAUCAUUAAAUCGUCACAUACAUAUUUUAGGAACAUGCUAUGUUGAUGACGUAGACAAACUUCAAUUUCCACAUGACGCAGCUGUGCGCAAAUACCACGUGGUGACGCAUGCACCGUCAGCAACCAGGUGAUGGUAUGGUGAAACGGCCCCUACUCGCAGCAAUCAAGUCUAGUGCUCCACAGUUUACUCUCCAUGUCGUAAGCCCCGUCGGUCAGGUUCGGCAUAUCUCCGGUGCCAUGUGUUCCAAUGAUGCGACAGUAACCAAGAGGAGGAGGGAAAGGAAGUGGAGUUCUCAGGAGAGAAGUACGCAGGAGCAUCUUAAAUAGUUUGAGCUGAAUGAGGGACACCCAGCUUCCUGUGGCCCGAUCACUAUGAAGGACCAAAGACCAUUAACAGAACAAGUACGACUGCCAAUGAGCCUGACAAAGGCCUACUGGAGUUGACAACAUCAAAAGGAAGAGAAGCCAGUCGAUAGGACAGGAGCAGGGAAAGAGGACUCGUAUGAGGCGAGACAAUAAAAAAAAAAUAUAAUAAGGAAGAAGGUUAGAUAGAUGAAGUGAAAUCAAGCUUAAGAGCAAUAGGAGGCAGAGAUGAAAUAGCAUACAUACUGCGAGAGACGGGUAAGACAGAAGAUACGUGCUGUCAGUGUUUGGAGCAAUAAGCAGUAGUCACCAUGUUCAUGAACUUCCGUCGUAUCCGCAAGUGCCAGUGCAUGCAGCUGCUGACCACAGGUCUGUUGCUAUGUGUGGUGAUGGUCUGCUGGGAUGAGCUGGACCACCACAUGGUCAGCCACAUGAGAUCCUACACGUACCGCUACCUGGUCAACAGCUACGACUUUCUUAAUUCCUCCUAUGCCCUCAGCUCCAGCCAUCACAACAGGAAGGAUGGUCAUUAUGAUGCGGACGGUAGGUUCGGGAACUAUCCAUACCUCAUCAACCACCCGGGCAAAUGUGGAGGUGGUGGCGGACACGGGAAAAGCCUGGAUGAUGUCCUCCUGCUGCUGUUUGUGAAAUCCUCGCCGGAGAACUUUGAGCGUCGCCAGGCCAUCAGGGACACGUGGGGGAAUGAGAACUUUGUUUGGUCAGAACUGGGAGCGAGCGUGAGGCUGGUGUUCGUCCUCGGCGUGCACCCGGACGUCGGGCAGAGGUCCAGGGUGCAGAGUGCGCUGCUGCAGGAGGACCAGGCCUGCGGCGACCUGAUCCAGCAGAACUUUUUGGACACCUUUCACAACCUGACUUCCAAACUGAUCCUUCAGUUCCACUGGGGCCACGAGUACUGCCGUCAGGCACGCUUCCUCAUGUCUGCGGAUGACGACAUCUUCGUCCACAUGCCAAAUUUGGUGAAGUACCUGCUCAGACAGUCAGGGGCCAAAGACCUGUGGGUGGGACAUGUACACAGAGGAGCCCCUCCAGUUCGCCGCAAAGACAGCAAAUACCACGUUCCCCAUGAUCUGUACCCCUGGCCCUCCUACCCAGACUACACUGCUGGAGCGGGCUACGUGGUUUCAGGGGAUGUAGCUGCCAAGAUCUACCAUGCAACUCUGUUGCUUAACUCCUCCAUGUACAUCGACGACGUCUUCAUGGGGAUUUGUGCCAAGGCCAUGGGGGUCUCUCCCCAGGAGCACAUGUACUUUUCAGGGGAGGGCAAGACUCCGUACCACCCCUGCAUCUAUUAUCACAUGAUCACAUCUCACGGACACACAACGGAUGUGCACUCACUAUGGCAGGCAGCAACAGACCCAACAGUGUACACCAACUCCGGAGGAUUUUUCAGUAAUUUGUACUGCACAACAGUGAAAGUGGCGCUGCUGUGUCUACCAUAUUACCAGAACACCUACUCCUGUAUGGCUGCUUUCACAUGAAUGGUCUUCAGGUGACGAAAGUACUGCUGGAUACUGAAUGUACCACGAUAACAAAUGAUGCCACCUGACACAAACAGUCUGCCCUGUUUUUCUAGCUAUUUUAGGUAUUUGCUCUCUUGUAAAUUAAAAUGAAAGUUGUUCUGUUGCACAAACAAAUGCACUCAGUUCUUCUUCAGUCAUCUGCCAGAUUUUCACUUUGUUUAAGCUAGAGAGAACAGUUUGGUGGAACCUGUCCUGGUUCUGUUUACAUGAGGGCUUUUUGUCUCUGUGUGCACACGUUCAUAGAUCUCCACACUGUUACUCACUUGGCAGCUUCUGAAAGGCGUGAGCCCUGUCUGGAGAGUCUAACGUAACGUCUAAACUAGCUGUUAAAUAUGAUGAAUGCUGCUGGCUCUGAGGCAGUUGACAAAGAUGAAUGUUCUGCAUACAUGUCCCAAUAUCAAAUCUGAAGCUUUGAAGAGCCAUAUAAUCCAAAAAGGUUCAAGUUUAGUAACGUGGUAAUUUUCUGAUUUUCAUGUUUACAUUUAAAGUGAAUACUUUUUUUCUUUUGGACAAAACAAGACAUUUGAAGAUGUUACGUUGGACUUUGAGAAACUACAAUGUUUUUUUGUAUUACUUUGACAUUUUACAGACCAAAAGAUUAAUGGAGAAAAUAAUCGUCAUAAUAAACAAUUAUUAUAUUAGAUGCAGCCCUGUUUUCAGUUUUUCCUCAAAAACAAAACGACCAUAUUGCUAAGAACAUCAAUAGUUGGCACUGGACACAAAUACUGAAGAAUCGUCCACUGUGAAUGUAAUUCCUGCUAUACCGGGCUGGAGCAAAAAAGGGUGCAGCAACCAUGAUGCAAACCAUGUAGAAAUAAAUGUGGCUAAAGAAUACAUCAUGUAACGCAUCACUCUGUCUGAGGAACAGAUGUAUUCAGUAUGAAAUGUGCUGCAUCAUCUAUUAGCAUUGUCUUGUGGUCAGAAACUGGUAGAUUAGCCGGUCUAUUCUUGGACCCUUGAACUUUGUACUCGGUAGCUCUGCUGUGACUGACUCACUCCGCUCAGGCUGACGAAGUGCAUCAGAUGUUUCCUAUUGAGACACCAGCCAGCCAGUAGGAAGAUGGCUACAUCUGGCCAGACUCUGAGCUAAAUGAUGCCGGAUGAGUGAAUUGCCCUACAGUACAGACACAACACAUGGUAGAAAUAUGGUUAAUUAGCCUAAUGUACUUGCACUGUACCUCUUUGUAUUGCUGUAAGGCGACUUGUGACAUUUGCACCCUUAUAGUUUAAGUUUUAGAGCAAUAGUUCCCAGCACGGGGUCGGGAAGGAUGAAUUGUAAUAGAAAAAAGAUGACAACAUGGGUGUAAGAUAUUCAUUCUAUACAAAACAACCUACAGCAGCUGAGACAACGGGUCUCAAGUAGACAUUGCUUUGUUUCAAGGUUGGCAAGACACCGCUUUGGAGUAAAUUAUAAUUCAAGAUGUUCAUCUUGAACUUGAUGUACGAUAUAUGAUAAAUGAUAUUCCUGCCUGCUGAGCCGAUAGUGUACGGUUGGUUAUUUAAGCUUUUUCACUGAAAAUAGCUGCGUGCUGCAGAUGACAACAUGGCCACGAGGGUGAACCAAAACAGCUAAACAAUCAGCCCAAACCCACGAUGAAGCUCCACAAAGACCAGCUGCAGAUUCAGGUGGAAGUUCAGCACUACGAGCAACCUUUCACAUCGUCACAUUGUAAGUUGUCUUUUGAUAAAUUAUUAUAAAAAUGUGUUAAAGCUCCUUUCAUUAACACAUAUCAGCACAUUAGCAAAUUUUAGUUUAGUUUAUUUAUUUAUUUUGCACAAUUCAAACAAUGAAAUUAAAAAUA